AUGCUUCACAAUGUCUUAUUUUAUGCUCUUUGUGCAUAUAUUAACUUGAGAUGCAUUCAGUCCUAUGGCAUUGAAGAAGAUGCUGUAGCUUAUAUGGAUGGAGAUAUCAUGAUAGGAGGCAUCUUUCCAAUUCACAAUGAGGUUUCCAAUUUAUUAAACCGCACUAAUGCUGAUGAUUAUAUUUGUACUGG